GCUUGUGUGGCUUUCCCUCCUCUCGGCUAAACCGCUGGUGGCAUGUUGUGCAUCGCUGCCGUCGCCGCCGCCGAGCACGUCGCCACUGCUCCCUCCGAUCCGCCGCCGCCGCCAGAGGACAAUCUCGACUGCCUCGCUGUGGGGACAGAGGCCCUGCGAGGCGCCUCGCUGGAGAGGGCGGAGCUUGAGGCGCUCUGCGAGCAGAAGAAGGCGUCCUUCCGCACCGUCGACGACACGUUUGUGUGGGUCGAGGCGGAUGCAGCAGCCGUGGAAUGCGCCGGCCCAGACUGCCCGUCUGCAGUCCGCAACGAGGGCGCCGGCGACUCCGGCGACGGCGCCGGCGACUCCGGCGACGGCGCUGGCGACUCCGGCGACGGCGCUGGCGACUCCAGCGACGGCGCUGGCGACACUGUCGGCGAAUCGUCCGGCGGCCUCUCUCUCCGCCGCAUGUGGAGCUCUCUCUGCCGCCUGUGGGACUUUACCGCGCACAUUGGCGCGGUCGGGACCGGCACCAGCGAGGUCGAUAGCGUGGUCGGGACCGGCUGCCUCUCGGUGCUCGCGUGGCUUGCGGUGGUAUACGGCUCCGAGAAGAGCCUGGAGCUCGGCGUGCCGCACCCGGCGCUCGCGGAGCGCAUCAUCGGCGGCCCCGAGACGGGCUUGGCCCGAGACGGCCUGCUCCUCCCGCUCUUCGUCUGCCGCGUCGUCCUCGUCUGGUGCGACGCCUUCCUCCUCGGCUCUCUGCUGCUGGUGGCCGUCGACGUGGCGACCGUCGGGAUAGCGAUCCUCCUCUCGUGCGGGCCGUCCCUUGCCCUCUACCGCCACGCCAGGUACCGCCACCUCGCCAUGAGGCACGUCCAGUACCGCCGCUUCGUCAUCGGGCAUGGCCGGCUCCUCUUCCUCGCGCUGAUGCUCGGCGCGAGCUCGCGCGUCGGCCUCGACGCCGCCGCCCGCCUCGCCGCCUCCUUCCGGGCGGCGUCCCGCGGCGGCAUCUGGGCGGCAGGCAGCUUCCUUGUGCCGCGCUGCGCCUUUGCCAUGCUCGGCCUCCGCAUCUGCGAGGGGCUCGCGAGCCGCCUCCGGCGCGGCGGCAGCCUGCUCGCGCCGCAGCUGCUGCUGCAGGGCGCCGCCGCCUACGCCGCUCACCGCUGGUCGAACGGCCUGCCCCUCUGGUCUGACUGGCCUCCCUGGUCUGACUGGCCUCUGUGGCCCUCCGACGCCGGCGGCCCGCUCGCCGACGCGACCGCUCCGCCGGCGCUGGAUGGCCCCGAGGCGGAGGCGCGCGCGGGCUUGGACGGGAUGGUGAUGCAGCUCGCGCUCUUUUUGCACGUCUCGACCACCUCCAGCGAGGAGCGGGCAAGCGAGCUCUUCUCUCCGGGCGCGUCGGCCGUCCUCGCGGGCAGCUCGGUCUGCCGUAUCGUCGUCUGCCUGAUCUCGACCAGCGGGGCGGGCGCGGCCGAGGCCCGCGACUUUGCGCUCGUCAGCAUGGUCUUCUCGCUCAUCGCGCUCACCGCGGCGGCUCGAUUUGUAAAGGAUGCGGUGGAGGCGAAGGUGUGGGACCGGCCGGUCAGCGCAGCCCUUUCGGCGGUACCGUUCGUGCUCGGGCUGCUGCCGAUCGCGCCGAGGCUCACCAGCGGCGGCGUGCUGGCGGUGGCGUCGCACGUGCCCUCCCUCCUCUGCCUCACGGCGGCGGCGCUGCUCUGCCUUGACUUUGGCGCUUGCCUCUGGACGGGCAAGAUCGAGGGCCUGGCAUCGGCCUCUGAUUCGGGCGUCAUCCACGACAUCCACGACACCGCGCGCGCGCUCGAGGAUACGGCGCUGCGCCGCCGCAGCCGGCGGAACGAGCUCUACUUCGGCGUUUGCUGCCACCACAGCAGGGACAUCUCGCUCACUCUGCUCUUUGUGGCGGGCGCGUGGAUGGCGCCGUACCCGUCCGCUUGCCUCGUCGCGCUCAAGCUCAGCCUCCUCGUCGUCUACUGGUGCGGCACCGAGGAGAAGUACGCAAAGUACUUGCUCGUCGGGUGGGCGGUCGCCACCGCCUUCCACCUCCUCCCCCUCCUCGAUUGGCUCGGCGUCUCCAACCCGACGGACUGGGCGGCGGCCGCGCUGCUCCCGCCCACGUUCGCCGUGACGUACAGCGCCGUCCUCAACAUGCGCCUUGCGGCGCUGACCGCCUUUUGGACCCGCGAGCUGCGCGCAGGUGCGAGGCCGUGCCCGGAGCUCACCGGCGCCAUGGACAGCAGCGGCGACGCGUACUGGUGGGUGCGGCCCGCCUUCUUUCGGACGCCGCCCCCGGCGGUGCUCACGCAGUUCCGCGCCGAGUGGGCCGGCUGCGCGGCCAAGGUGGGCGUGGCCGUGGUGUGCUUGGGCCUCGCGAUGCGCGCGAGCCCACUGCUGCUGCAGACCGCGCUGCUGACGGCGUGGAUCCAGACAAACGUCGACCUCUUCCUCGCCACGCUGACGGGCCUGGCGUGGGGCGGCCACACGGCGCUGCGGCUUCCCGCGCAGCUGGAGGCGGUGCCGUCGAGCAUGCUCGAGGUGCCCUUCUCGGCCACGCUCUCGCAGGACAUGCACGAGAUGCCGCCCUCCGCCCUCCGCCGCUCGCUCCUCCUCGCCGCCGCCGUGCAGUGUUGCGUCUGCCAAGACGCCGACGUCUCCAUUCGCUUCUCGUGCGGCCACGCGGUUUGCUGCGGCGCCUGCUCUUCGGCGCUGCAGCGCGGCACUGCAGACCGGCCGUCGCAAGGAUGCCCGAUCUGCAGAACGCCCUUCGUCGCCGUCGACUCGGGGGGCCACGUCGCGCUGGAGCCGAGCUGGCUGAUGCCUCCGCUGGGCUUCCCCACGGUGAUGCUCUGCUGCGCCGUCGUCUGCGCGAGCACUCUGGCCGAUAGCGCCGAGCUCUUGGCGCGGGCCCGGGAGCUCACAGCCACCUGCCUCGCUGGCAGCGCGGAAGCGGACGGCCUUGGGGCGGCGGUCGCGUCGUGCGGUGCCACCGCGGCGGCGUUGGUGCGCCAGCUGUUCUCUUCCCUCGUCCCGCGCCAGCACGGCAGCACGUUUGCCGUGUCGGGGCUGGCGAUGCUCCUGCAUCGCGGCGCUUUUGCGGGGAUGGCUGCUGGUCGCGGUGCUCGGGGGGGGACAAAUCUCCUCCUCCGCUACGGCUGGCUCGACACCGGUCUGGCUCUGCUGGCCGCCCUGCUGAUGCCGCGUGCCGACCGGUGCGGCCGAAUGCUGAUGCAGUUAGCUUGCGUCAGCACGACCUUCACCUUCAAUGUGGGUCUCCUCAGCGUGGCCGGCCAUCUGCGGAUCAGCGACGAGAUUGACAACCUGCAGCUCGAGCCGCCGUUCACUCCGCGCCGCGCCGCGUGUGCCAUAUGCAGCGCGGUCGCGUCCUUCGCCCUGCACGGCUUGCUGCCCGUCGGCAUGACUUGGCUCGGGCGCGACUUUGACGCAUACUGGCGCCUUGCGUCGACCAGCCUGCUCGCGGGGUGCAUGCGGUACUUUACCUCGCUUCUGCUUGACGACGAUCCCGAAGGCGCCUCGCGUUCGCCUUUCGCCCCUCCCGGGAGGGCGUGGGACUUGUCUCUGGCCGUGGCUGAGCCGUGCCUGAGCCGUGCCUGA